AUGGUAUUAAUAAAGGAAAAUGGCGAUUAUAGGAAACAAUGGUAUGGACAUAGACAAGAACUGUUUAGUGGCAUCCCUGGAGAUUUCAGUGUACGCAGAAAAUUGGCAGUCGCAAAGAAAACAACUGUGGGAACAAGAUUUGAUUCAAUGAGGACACCACGAGCGGAGCAACAACCAAUGAGCCAUUCUUUGAGGAAACGAAACGAGCCGGAAAGAGAAAAUCCCGGAAGAGUGUUCUGGUAACGAAAUUUGUUUAAUUCCAAUCUUGUUUGGACUGAU